UGCCGGACGCGAGUUAACAAUUGAAGAAGAUGAUGCUCGAUAGAAAUGCCAGGCAACUGACGUUGAUCUUGACCGUGGUCUCCGUGGCCUCCGCCAACAAUCUGUGGCCAUCGUGCUCUGGAAAAACUAUGAUGAGAUCCACAGAUUUAUCCUGCGAGGAGAAACAGACCAUCUUAGACGAGCAUAAUCGCUUGAGACAACUAGUGGCUUUGGGUCAGAUCAAUGGACAGCCCAGUGCUGCCAAUAUGAGAGAAAUGAUCUGGGACGACGAAUUGGCUGCCAUGGCGCAAAGGUGGACGAAUCGGUGCGCUGAGAUCCACGACGAUCUCAGGAAUGUUCGCAGGUUCUCUGUGGGACAAAAUAUGGCUCGAGCAUGGACAACGAGGCCCCCGGGACCGUACGACGACCAGCCAAACUGGCGCCAGAUGAUCAACGGCUGGUUCGACGAGGUACAUCACUAUCAAACAGGCUAUAGCGAUGCCACCGGCCAUUACACUCAGCUCGUCUGGGGUGACACAUAUCUGGUGGGCUGUGGCUACUCCUUCUAUUACGACCCUGCCCGGGGCUACACCAAGAACUACGUCUGUAACUAUGGGCCCAGCGGGAACGUGAUCGGCUUUGAACCGUAUCAAUCGGGCCAGCCUGCCUGUGGCAAUUACGGGAUGCUUUAUUCAAAUCGAUACGCUGGCCUUUGUUCUGCGGGACACUACUACUAUCUGGGAGCACUGUGCAGUUAUGGUUAAUGAUUUUCAUAUCCACAUGCAGAAACAGACAAGUGAUUCAAUUGGUUUUUCAAGGACCACGCGUCGUCAAAGCCGAUCGAUAGAUCGUUCUAUCCGAUUUGCUUGAUUAUUCUAGUCUCUAAAAAAUAGUCCGUGAUUGUAAAAACCAAAACUAUAGAAAUGUUAUUAGAAUAAUAAGUACUUACUAAUCGUUCCGUGCGGUUUACCCGACGAUUACGCGAGUUUCCGUUAACCCAUUAAGCUGAAAUUCGAUCAUCUCGCUGGCAGAUCUGUUCGGUUACAUAAAGCAAAAUUAAACGGGCAUCCAUAUUUGAAAUAUGCGAAGACCAAGCGAUUUCGUGUUUCACUGGAAUGUAAUAACGAUUAUUACGAAUCACGUGUAAUACAACUUUACGAAGUGACGAUAUAUCUAAUAUGAAUACGUAACGUUCAGGCAGGGUAAUAGGAUUUUGUAAAUAUUAAUAUCUGGUGGCCUCGAUUCAACAUUGAAAAAAGUGGAAAAUUAAAUCGUUGAAAUUUGUAAUCUUGUAAAUGUUGAGAGUUUCGCGAUAAAAUUAUUCGCGCAGCUUGAAAUAUGUAUGGAAAGAAUUAAAAAUAAAAUACAAAUUGUGGAAGAAUGUUGGAAAAAAAGGAA